AUGCUCGUUGCAACUGCGUCAAGCUCCGCGCCUUCCGCAAUUGUGAUACGGAUUGGCUUCUUCUGGUCCCUCAUGGGCACAAACUUUUCCCUGACGAGGGGAUGCCGAAGAACGUCGGUGUAUUGGGUGUGGGGUUUGACUGAUAGUGACAGUGACCAGUUGGAACAAGAAAGGCUACGCCUAAAUCUCGUAUUUGGUGCUGACGAUGAUCUGGUGAGUGAGACCGAGAGCUACGCCUUGCACAUUAAAGCUGUAAAACCGACGUAUGUCUCGGUUGGCGUCUAUGCCUCGAUGGAGAAUACUAAAAUGGCUAAAGAGCAGCUGUACAGGUCUCACGAGCAGUGUCCAUAUCGACUAAAGAUUUCACAGCAGGAGGUAUGCUCUGGUUCAUCUCAGUAUGAGUUGUAG